AUGGAUACCUGCAGUGCCAGUACCACAAGUACUACGCAGUGCAUCGCGCUCUACAGGCAAGACAUUUAUCGAUCCAUUAAAUCCCAUUCCCAGAAAAUAUCGCCAACCUUUCAAUUGUUGGUUCUAACACUGGGCUUACGUUUUGUACGUACAAUAAUAACCCUAUGGGCGAGCAUAACAUUACCAGCCCAGCAAAAUUAA